UGCUGAUGUGGAUCUUCAGCCUAAGCCAGAAUCUGCUGAUACGCUGCCUGUGUCAUUGUUUCACCGUGCCUGCACAGAGCCUCAGUCAGAGCCAGGAACAACACAUGUACCGCCUCUGCCUAUGGUGUCCUCACCUGCAAGCGCUCGUACUGGACCUGUGAAGACUGGUGGAAGGGUGUUUGUGCUAGACCACAAACGGUGGACAACGGCAAUGAACGAGGCAAUUGACAACCUGCUUACUGAACAUCAUGGGAAGAAGGAUAUGCUCAAACUUGUGGAUCAGGAGUAUGCAGCAAUGGUCCAUAACUCCAGUACUGAUCCCAACAGCAUGCUCCAUCCUACUACAAAACUGCACAUAGCUCAGUAUGUCAAGCACUUGGCCAAAUUGCUAAACACCAGUUCUUCGUUAAAUACUUCUCCUGAAAAACUACUUCAGACACAGCGACUGUGGCACUCUCUGACAGAGGGGAGCGAGACUACUAGUGUGCCAGUGGUUAAAAUUAAUCCUGCAGUUGUAAACCCACCAGCACUUGCUCUGACCACACCACUUUCACACGCAACCAUUGAGAGGAUCGUUGAGGGUAUUAUGGAGAAGCAUCAACAGCAACAACAACAACAACAACAACAACCAGAAAAAAAAAAGAAACAGAUGAAGACUUGUGCUGCCUGCAGACAGCCCAAGUCUCGCUAUGAAAGUGAUGGUUCCUCCAUCCAUUUUUUUACCAGCAAGUACCUGUUGGGUACUUCUACUGUUCCACCAAGGUUUUUAAGGCUUAUAGUGAUGAAGGGCUGACAAAUCCCAUAAUGCCUUUUAAAGAUUUUAUGGAAACAGAGUUCUUCCAGAGGGAACUGGAUGACACAAAAAAAAGGGUGGAAGAGAAGGGACAGCAAAAACGAAAAAUUCCUGAAUCUCCGCAUGUAGGUCACCUGUGUCGGUUUUGUAAAAUGGAACUCAAACAAGGUCCAAACAGUCCACACAUACAUACGGGCUUUCCUGGAAUUGCUGGGAAAUAUGUUUAUUGUCCUGCUAAAGUAUAUUCCAUAUACAGAGAGCAGGGUAUGGAGAAAGAGAUGACCUGGAAAGACUUUCAAAAGUCUACUUUUUACAAUAUGGAAAGACAGAGAUGGGUUUCUGGAAAAAAGUAAAUGAGAAUUUUCCACGUGUAAAUAUCUUUUGCUUGUUUGUUUUGCCUUUUAAAAUGUUGAGAAAACAAUAAAAACUAUCUAAAAAAGCACUUAUCUUCUACUCAUUUUUUAUAUUUAUAUACAUACAAAUAAAUGGCAAAUAUUUUCAACUGA